GUGAUUAUUAUCAAACUUUGCUGUUGAGAUCAAACAUGGCCCCUGCUACCAAGACCGCCCCCAAGACUGGCAAGAAGAACUUGCUUAAGUUCACGAUCGACUGCUCGACGCCCGUCGAGGACCAGGUCUUGGACGUUGCUUCGUUCGAGAAGUUCCUCCACGACCGCAUCAAGGUCAACGGCAAGACCGGUGUCCUCGGCGACGUCGUCACGAUCUCGCGUGAGAAGACCAAGCUCCACAUCGCGGCCGUCGCUCCUUUCUCGAAGCGCUACCUCAAGUACUUGACCAAGAAGUACUUGAAGAAGCAGCAGCUCCGCGACUACCUCCACGUCAUUGCCUCGGACAAGUCGACGUACGAGCUCCGUUACUUCAACAUCCACAACAACAAGGAUGAGGAUGCCGAUGAGGAAUAAGCGAUCUAGUGCGACGUCAUUGUACUCAAUAGAAUGAUGAUUCUCUCAGC